AUGCAAUCUAAAUACGGCAGGAACAAGACAGAGCUGUUUGAGUACAAUUUACGCAAUUUGAAUAGCAUAGAAAUAGAAAAUGAAUGUAUUGAGAAUGCAGAGGACAUAAAUAGCAUAGUGAGAGCAUAUUCAGAUCACAAUGACAAAAUUAGGAGUGAAAAUAUGGAUGCCUUUGUAGAGGCAGCAUCUUCAAAAUGUUUCGAUAGAGAGACUUAUUCUUUGAUAAAAGAUUUGGGAGGAAUAAGAAGCCCAGUAGAAGAAGAAUUUGUUUGGAAUGAUGAUUUAUGCAUAUGGAAUUACAUGACACUUUAUGCAACAACAAGAGACCUGACUGUUUUAGAAAGAGUGAAUAAGGAGAAUAACGAGCUAUGUGAUGCAUAUUUGGUGCUUUCUGUACUAACAAACAACAUUCCAGCCGAAUCAAUUCCAUUCAAAAAUGCCUUAGUGGAAUUAUUCCAAAACAGUAAGAAACGUAUGGAUGCAUCCAAGCAUAAAUAUGAUUUGUGCAAGAUGUUUAAUACUGAUCAAUUAUACAAUUUCAGUGAUUUGGAGAAAUUCAAGGUGGAGUUGUGUCAGGUUAAUACCAAAGAAAUAGACCUGGAUUUGGUUUCUGUUUGUGAAAUAUGCAAGUAUGAUGGAUUCUACGGCUAUACAACGAAAUCAGGAAGAAAUAAACAGAGAUUCCUUGGUGAAACAGAAACACAAGAAGAAUGUGCUAUUGAUCUGGAAAAAUUGAUCACAAGUUUCGAAGAAUGCGUGAAGAAAGCAAAUUGGAAAGAUGUGUUAUUCAUUGCGAAGCACUACAACAGACACAAAGAUGACUCAAUUCAGCGAAAGCUGUUCAAGAUGCUGAUUUAUUGUGAUGUAAGAGAGAAACCAUUUUUAGAGGCUGUUGAAUUUGUAUCAAAUGGAAUUGAAUACAAAAUAAUCAAUUUCCUAGAGAAGACACGAGAGAACAAGAACAUUGUUGAAUUAUGUGGAAUUGCAAUGAAGAAUGAGUCAUGUGUUGUGAAUGCAUUUGGAAUUCUAUAUACACUAUAUAAGAAUGAGAAUUAUGAUCCACUUACAAUAAGGGAUGUGUUAGUAGCCAACAUGAUCAACGUAUACAAGAACAUUGAUGAAAUCAUCAGGUUCUACACAAAACAGGAGGAUGAGAGAAGGGGCCUUGUUAAGAACUCACUUUACUCAAUUGAGCAGAUUGAGGCAUUCUACAACAAUUUGAGUAGCAUGUUGGAUUGGAAUACGUUUGUAGAAGACAACAUGGAGACAGUCUACUACAAUUGGUACAGCAAGUUACAAUCUAAGAUGGAAUCAGUCAAAAGUGGAUUGAUGAAGAAUGUGAAUAACACAGUACAUAACAAGUACAAAUAUGCAAUAACUGCAAGGAAUAUCAUUGAGAACAAGCAGAAGACCACAACUGAAAGUGUAGAAGCAUUUGUGAUACUGGUUUUGGGAGGAUAUUUUGAUACGACCAAAUUAAGCAGGUUUUAUAAACCAAAUGUAAACGAAUUCAUCAAGAACAACAUAGGCAAAAUAAUGUACUACACAAAGAAGAUUUAUAAUGGAAGAAUGGAGGUUAUGAACAGGCUGGGAGUAGUAGAUAGAGGCAUAUGUAUAUAUGAGACACUCUUCUUCAUUAUAAGAGCAUUCGAUAGUAUGAUGUUAGGUGUAAUGAUAGAGUAUUUGUAUCCAAUGCUGGAGCACUUUCUGAAGAACAACAGAUGUAAAUGCAGGAGUGGAUUUGCAAGCUAUGCGGGAAUUGAUAUCACACACAAGAGCUAUGAAGCACUCUGUGAAGAAUUAGGAAUUGAAGUCAAGUAUGAUUUAUGCAACCAUAUACAAACAAAUUCCAAUGAAUUGUGGCUAAAUAAGCUUAAUUUGCAUAGAAACAGAUUCAAUUUCACAGGGGCUGAUUCACAGGUUCUGAAAUAUGCAAUUGAAAACAGCAGCAAAUUCACAGAAUUGUACGACAGCAAGCUACAGACAAUACUAGGAUGUAUGUCGUGCUGCAAGAAGAAGCAUCAGAUACAGAAAUACGCCUUGAUGUAUGAGCAUAUUCUUAACAACUUUCUUCUUAGGGCUGAAUACCAGGAAAAUGUUGAGAUUUAUCUGUUCGUAUUACAGGAAUACACCAAGCACUACAAUGACAUCAUGCACAAGAAGCUACAAUUGGAACCAACAGACAAUCUCAAGAAAGCAAAGGUGAGAAAUACCAUCCCAUUCUUUGUUCUGAGUCACCAACUUACCACCUCAAAAUACAAGUACACUGGUAAUAUUGAAGAAGAAUACAGGAUUCACUUCAGUGAGAUGGAAUUCACUGGUAAGGAUGUUUUGAGAUGCUUUCAUAUGCUCCUAUAUCAGAAUCUUGGAUCUGAUUAUGAGUUCAUGAAAUACCUGAUAUUAUUGGAUGAUACAAUAGUCGAAGAAGGAAUCUACAAAAUGAUUGAGGAGAUUAUAGAACGGAAUAAACCAGAAUAUGAUGAGAACAAGAAAUUGAAAUCAGCCAAGACCAUUCUGAUCAAUGACAUUCCACAUGAUCUCAUUGACAUUCUGCUCAACACCAACAUAUUUAAUCUGAUCAGUCACAUUCUGCUCAGAUUGAGGUGCUUCAUAUCAUUAAUAUCCCAUGACAAAUACAUUGAAUUGGGAAUUAGAGAAAAAGGCUACUACGAAAUCAUUCAGGGAAUUGAACAAAAAGUAGCAGAAGAUGUCCAGCAACAUGGAAUGGUACAGAGCAAAAGAACUAAAGGUAGACAGACAUUCUUCAACAACAGUCCAGCAACUUCAUCGACUGAAACACCAUCCAAAAUCACUGAUAUGCCUUAUUUCCAGAUCAAACACAAAUCAUUUAGCAAAAUCAAACAGAAGUACGGCGUAGAUCUGAUAUUCAGCUAUUACAAUUUGAAUGAUAUCAGCAAAUGCUAUUUGAUUGAGGAUGAUGAAUAUUCGUUGAUAUCGAUCAAAACAAAGGGUGUGAUAGAAAACAAUAAGAAUGUUGCACUAACAAUUUGUGACCAAGUCAUGCGAUCAGAAGCAGAGCAAAUUGAUCAGAAAAUUGAAUAUUACACCAGCAAUAAGGAAAUAGAGGAAACUAACAGGUUUCUGGUAGAGAGACAUGUAAAAAGUGAUAGGGCAUUUCUGAAUGAAUCAGAUCACAAAAUAGUCCAAUUAUUGAUCAGUAGAAUGGAAAAGAGCAGAUUCAAGAAUUUGUUAGUUGCUGAACACUACAAAUUAAUGAAUUUAGAAUCUGAUCACAGCAAAUGGACUGAAUUCAUCACCCUCGAAUACAUCAGAAUAUUGAAGCAAAAGAAGAGAUAUCAAGAAAUACACGAAAUCAUCAACAACCUGAUACUGAAUAGCAGACAUCACAUUCUGUACGAAUACGCCAUUCUGAAAGUUGAAGAAAACAAGAAAGAAGAGGGAAUCAGGGCAUUGAUGAAAUUAAUCAAUUGUGAUCCAGAAAACAAGGCAGCAAUUGUAAAGAGGUGUGAAUUAUUGGAUAGCAAGAAGGAAUUCAUCAAAUCAAUUGAGAAAUUGAACAGUAUCAACCUGAAUGAAAUUGAGUCAGAAAAACAGCCACCUAAAACCAAUACUGAUCUGAUCAAACUGUAUUAUCUCUACGCCAAAUACAAUGAUAGAAGCAAUAACACAAUCCAUGCCAUCUUCUACUACUACAAAUCAUUUGGCUACAACUACGAAUCAGUUCCAAAAUUCAUUCACCUGAUAAACCAAAUCAGCAACUUCAGUGUCACAGAAGCAGUUGGAGUUGAUGUUGAGUUUCUGUUAAACAAAAAGAGCCCAACAAUCAAAGACAAAAAUGCAGUAUUGAAUACAAUUCUACAGGAAAUUAUUAGAAGCAAACUGCCUCAGUUUGUCAACUACUACCAGCACCUGCUCACGAACCACAAGAAUGCGUUCAUCAAACAAAUCAUCCAAGAAAUGAUAAGGAAGUACAGCGGACUCCUUUGGAGAACAAUUCUCUACUUCAAUUCCAGACGAACAUUUUCAGUUGAAUUGGACACCAUUGGAAUUUACAGGCAGAAUAUCACCAAAUUGGCUUACACUUUCAUCGACAUAGCCAAAUCAACCAAAACAGAUUUAUCAAUGAAACAGGACUUCCCAGGAAUAUCCAAGUUUAUUCAGGGUGAUAUCCACGUUCCUGGACAAAUUGAUGACAUUUUCAUUUCUGAUUUCGAUGAUGAAAUUGCAACCUAUCGAUCACUUCAAAAGCCUAAGCGAAUUGGACUCAGAGGCACCAACGGUGUCAAAUACCAAUUUGUGCUGAAGAACAAGGACGAUCUACGAAGAGAUGCCCGUUUCAUGGAUCUAAGCAGACUGAUCAACAAGAUGCUCCUUGAUCCAUCAAAAUCAAUUGUGACAUACGACGUGAUACCACUCACUGACUCUGCUGGAAUCAUCUCCUACAUUCCCGAUCUGAUAUCAUUCAAAAGCAUCAUCCUUGGCUACCACAACGAGACAGCUGUGAAUUCACCACUCACCAAAUUCAUCAAAAAGAAGAAAAUGGACAGAAAUGGGAUGGUUAGAGCUAUGAAUGACCUACCACCUGUCUUCAUGAGACACUUUCUAAGCUGCUUCUCCACCAGUGCUGAAUACUACGGUGCAAUUGACUCAUUCACCAAAUCAACAGCAGUGAUGAAUGUGUUAGGGUGGUUCAUGGGCCUUGGAGACAGACACACUGAAAACAUUCUGAUUCAAAAUGGAACCAAUCGAGUAGUCCACGUUGAUCUGAAUAUGAUUUUUGAGAGUGGUAGAAAGCUGACUAUUCCUGAACGAGUUCCAUUCAGACUGACUCAGAACGUAGUUGAUGGAUUUGGAUUCCUACAACUCAAAGAGUACAGGAAUGUUGCUGUUGGUGUAAUGAGAAUGCUCUACUCCCAUAGGGAUACAAUAAUAAGCAACCUGCUAUCAUUUGUUUACGAUCCAAUUAUCAAGGAAUCAAAACAGAUUGGAAUUCAGUCAGCAAAAGGAAGCAAUGACGCAAUAGCACAGGGCAUUCUUGAUAAUUUGAGAGAGAAACUCAGUGACAGCAAGGGCGUAGAAGAGAGAACUGAUGAGAUCAUCAAUGACGCCCAGGAUAUUGGUAACCUGAGUGAGAUGUACAUUGGAUGGAUGGGAUACUUGUAA